AUGGUGAGAGUUCAAGCUAGGGUAUGUGAACAGCGCAACAGGCUUUCUUUUGAAGGGAGUAGAAAAUCCAGUUGGAGUUCCAUCGUAAAAUAUGUGUUCCUAACUGCUAAGAAAUGUAGUCUACAUACGGACCAAGGAGCUCUGGGGACUGGGUUGAUUGGGAUGCAUGGCCACUCACAAACACGUGAUAAGUUACAAGCCAUGUUGCAGAAAACAAAGGAUCUCGCUUUAAAACGCGAAAGAGCACUUGCUUUCGCAUUUUCUCGGCAGAUAUGGAGGCCUAGUAGAGACACAUACGCAAGUGAGAAUGAGCUAGAAGAAAAACCCAGAUGGAAUGGCUCCAGAAGAAAUUCAUAUGAUCAAAAAGAACACAUCAAAACAGUUAAAAUCGAUACCUUUCAACCUUACUCAAACCAGAAUGCACAGAAAUCGCAAUGCCAAAAACAGAGGCCGACCUCGUGCUCCGUUGCCUCCCCUGUCCAAAGAAGCCACAGCAACUUCCCAGUCAACUCUCCAACUAUAUCAAGAAUAAGAUCAACGCAAGUGCAUUCAACCACUCCUCGUUGCCUAAAAUAUCAAGAAAAGAAUAUUAAUGGAGAUGAUCAAGUAAGCAGCAGCGGUGACUCUUCUAUGCGGAACUACAUGGUGGCCACUGCAUCUGCUAAUGCUCGUUCGAGGUUAGAAAGUGCACCAAGGCAAAGGUCGUCCACCCCGGAGAGGGAGAAGAUCAUGAGAAGAGUGAGGAAACGCCUGCAUUUUCCAGUUCCCGAGGAGGUCAACAAGAGCGUCCAUGAACAGAGGUUGACUCCGUCAUCCUCGUGUUCCAACGACAAUGAGACUCGUCGUUCGACGUUCGGGGAAUGA